CUUAACCAACCACUUAAUCCCUGCUUGGUAUGGUGUGGAAAAGGGAAAUGUGAUCUCUGAACUGAAAACAGUGUCAAAGGCAGCUAUCACGGCUGAUGGGUGGACAAGCUUUUGUCAGGAUCAUUAUCUCACGGUUACUCUGCACUACGUGAGCAAUGGCCAGGUAAAGGAAAAGGUCCUAAAAACCAAAGCCGUGUACCAAUCUCAGACAGGCUCAGCUGUAGCAGAGGAGAUUGAUUACAUUUUAGAAGAAUAUGGUGUACGGGAAAAGGUUGUGGCAGCAACUGUAGACAAUGCAGCGAACAUGGAUGUAGCCAUCAAACAGCUGCAAAUUGUCAAAUUUCCAUGCUUCGCUCAUACGCUGAACCUGGGAGCGCAAAAGCUGUACAACUGCACUGCCAUAUCCAAUUGGGCAGCACGAGUUCGAGCAGUUGUUGUCUGGAUGAAGAGGUCCCACAUGGCAAAAGUUGUUCUUAAAGAGAAACAAGACUUGCUCAAGCUGCCCAAGCACAUGCUCCUCCUGGAUGUAAGGACCAGAUGGAAUUCCCUCUAUUUGAUGAUGGAGAGAUUCACCGAGCAGUUCCCUGCUAUCCAGGCUGCAGCCAUAGAUCCACGCAUAAGAAGGCCCAUGGAGAAGGAAAGGUUGGACAGAAUAGGCAACGAGGACUUAAGGAAAGCAGAGGAGUUUGUGCAUCUCAUGCGGAAGCAUUACACCUCCACACUGGCCGUCUCCAGCGACAAAAGUGCAACCUGCGAUGAGAUUUUGCCCAUCUUGCAGAAGCUGGAGCAACAGUACACUGUGCAGGAAGGUGACUCUGCGUUCACAAGGAGCAUCAAGGAGAACAUUUGGAAGGAUCUCUCCAAACGCUACCAGGGAACUGACAUUCAGAGAUUCCUGGAGGAAGCCACCAUCUUGGACCCCAGAUUUAAAUACAAAGUGAAAAGUGAUGCAGUCUGGGACAGGAUCAGGGAAGCUGCAAUAACAGCAAAUACAGUGGCAGCAAGAGAUGAGCUCCCAGGGGAAGGAGAGACACAGAGGGAAGGCUGCGAAGAUGGGGAGGAGGAAGAAGUAGAGGAACACUAUGCACUGCCACCACCAUCAAAAAAGACAGCCUUGGAAGAACUAUUCGAGGAGGAGGACAACGAGCUGCAGUCAAUCCGUGAAUCACAGCCCCGUCUUUCCCUGGCUCAGAAGGUGGAUCAGGAAAUCCAGUUCUACAAAAGCCUGCCCUCCAUCCCCUGCAGGGAUAGCGCCGCACUGUGGUGGUGGAACAAGCAGGAUACGCUGCCCUUGCUAUCUGGACUGGCUGAAAACUACCUCUGUGUGCAGGCUUCCUCCACCCCAUCUGAGAGGGUGUUCUCCACGGCUGGAGACACCAUAAGCCCCGAAAGAUCCCGUAUCCUUCCAGAAAAAGCAGAUAUGCUCAUAUUUCUGCAAAAGAACUGUUAAUUUUCCCUACUACUACUUGAGUGCACACACACACACACUCACACUCACACUCACACUCACACACACACACACACACACACACACACACACACACACACACACUGUGCUUGUGAUUACAUUGUUCUUGUAAUUACAUGAUUCAGUAUUUGUUAUUUGUUGUUAUUUGUUACAUUUUCUUGUACAGAAAAGCAGAUAUGUUCAUCUGCAAAAGAACUGUUAAUUUUUUUACACACACACAC